AUGCGCGUCAAGCUGCACAUCCUCGGCCCCCUCCCAGAACGCAAAGUCGUCUUGCCCCUCCAUAGAGGGACGACGAUUCGCGCCAUAUCCGAGGGCGUAGCACUAGUCCUCCUAAACGGACACGUGAGCGGAGACGACCUAAUCCUCGAGGUGGAUGGCUUCGAGCUCCUUCCCGACUCUGGGCCGGAUGUGAUCGACCCAAGGGACGUGGUUACCGUCCGCCUCCGCCCGACAUCGAGUAAACGCAAGCGCGAGAGCAGACGCAUUCGGGCGUUGAGUGAUGACGGAGAAUGCAAGCUGCUCAAGCUCGAGUCGCAGCGGUUUAGCAGGGUCCUGAGAGCCGAGGCGGGCGAGUCUUCCUCCUCCAAGGCUUCCUCCUCCAAGACUUCCUCCUCCAAGACUUCCUCCUCCAAGACUUCCUCCUCCAAGACUUCCUCCUCGGAGUCUUCCUCCUCCUCCGAGUCUUCCGAGUCCUCCUCCGAGUCGUCGUCUGAAGAAGAGUCUGAAUCAUCCACCUCAGAGUCAUCUUCAUCUUCCAGUGAAGCCAUCUCUGGCUCAAGCUCCCCGCCAAUCCCAAUCUCAUCGCGUUUCCCCUCCCUCCUGCAGCCGCGUCAAGUUACGGUGCCACCCGGCCAAGGCUCCACGUCCACGCAUAGCCGUAAUGCGCGCCGUCGGCUCAAGCGGGCCAUGGAGCGGGCCGACGACUCGAUCACCCCUGUGUACACAAACCCCAUCAUGGGGACGGUCACAGCGUCCACCGUCGACCCAGCAUUCGUGCCGCGCGACAUGGCCAAUCCGAACAAGAAGAAGGGGUUCCGGGAAGCGAUGGCCGGUGUGGUUGCGACGAGGGUGGUGUUUUCCCAGCAGCCAGAGGAGGGGUUUUCCCAGCAGCCAGAGGAGAUAGCGGCCGCGACACCCGAGACCCCCGCCACGCCCAUCCGCGUAACUGAGCCCACACAACCGGUUAGGCGCAAGUUUGUGCCGCCCAGCGAGAUGGUGGUGCCGUCUAAUGUCUUUGUCACGUCAAAGGAGUUUCCGUUCGUCAAGGACGAUGAACGGCGACGGGCGGAUGAGCGGGCUGCGCGGGCUGAGGCCAAACCGAAGCCCAAGCCCAAGGACAAGCCCAAGCCCAAGCCCAAGGUGCAGGAGGAGAGGAAGGCUUCGCCUAUCUACGACGACAUGGAGGUCGACGAGGGGUGGACCGCGGAGGACGCGGAGACAGCCAAGCUCUUCGCCCGGGCUGAGAGUAUGUUCAGCUCGCUUCCCCCCGCUCUCGGGCUGGUUGAGGGCCAAGUUGCCGCUUAUAAGGCAACCCAACUCAAUAUGGUCACGUUCAGUCCCGAGCUGCGGGUCGUACUUGUACGCGUCGCUCGAGUUGGGGAUGGGCGAGUCGCAGUACGCGCCAUUGCGCGGCCUGGCGAAGAGGGGGAGGGGGAGGAGGAGAGCGAGGUUCCCCUCGCCAUCACUAGAGAGUGGCGCCUCGUCGAGUAG